CCUCCCUUUCCAAAGCACAAUUGGAGCCUCUUUAUUCGAGUAUACCAAAACGGGUUUCUCGGAUUACAAGAUAUAAGUAACGUGACUUCUCUCUCACCCACAAAAAAGAAACCUUAGAUGCGUUGACAGGAGAAAACUGGCUUGAAUCUCUCCAAAUAAACACUACAGUCAGUUUUAACGAAUGAAAUUUAAAAUAAUACACCUUGUUUAUUUCGGUAAGUGAUCUGAAACGUCCAUUUCAAGAAAUUUCUUACAGAGACUUCAACUCCUUAACUCUGACUGAAAUUUCUGUUAUGAAAUAAAGGAGAAAAUUCGUAUCGCUCACCUGACCCAUUGCAGAAGUUCUAAGAAAUAACAAUUAUUUGAAUCAACAGAAAUUACCUAACAGAGUCCGCGAUCAGUGCUUCAUUUUACUUGAUGUUCAGAAAUAAGUGUUUCAUUAUCAAUUUUAUCUUGUUAUCUUUUAUGGUAAUGUUUUGUAACUUUUCGGGUUGUAUGGGUUUCACUAGAACGAUUAUUUCAUCUCACAAAUAGGAAAGUUUCAUUUCAGAAACAGCUUUUGUCCUAAAAACGAUAUAAAGGAAAACCCAAUUUACAAAUAUAUAGACACAUAAAAUUAUUUCGUACAAGCGAGGAAUUAUGCACCGACCAAUUUGAAGCUUCAAAAUCCCCCAGGCAACCCACGGCCAUCUGCCCGUCGUCCAUGCCCGGUGGGUGAGAAAUUUGAAUCUUGCUAAGGUGGGGUGGGGCAUUUGAAGCGGAGAUGUGAAGUCUUUUCAGCGCAAUAGACGUGUUUUAGUGAAAGGUAAAGAGUCUGCUUUUAUGAGCGAAUAGUUUAGAAAGACAAUUUUCACAUCGUAUAAUGAUGCUUACAAGCCAAAUACCCAAAAGCAGCACCAAAAACUAAAACGUGACUUUGUGCAGUAAAUUCUAAAACAUUCGUCGUUGAUCAAUGAACAAAUAAUCGUUCAAUAUUGGAUGGGGCAUUGGAACGCAAUUUUGGCCCGGACGUGGGGAGGCGGGGAGCCACAGUCUCCAAAAGUUCAAAUGCCCGGGGGGAUGUUGAAGCUUCGAAUUGAUCGACGCAUUUUAAGAUGUUGUUUUGUGGUAAUGGUUGGCCAGUUUUUUAAUGUUAUCAAAAGGUUCUGUAUCAAUAAACAAUUCACAAGCAUCAACUUCUUGUGACAGCAAGUAAAAUAUCUUUAUCUCAUCAAGAUACAUCAUGGCAAAAAAGACCUUUUUUGUUUUGUUUCGUAUGAGUACAUCAGUAAACUGGUUGUCAUAAUAAUCAUUUCCGGGAGAAGCAGGCAGUGAGGAUGCCCAGUUCCAAAGCCGUGCGCGGAGUUCUUCUGGGUACAGUCAUUGGCUUGGCAUUAGCAGGACUUUUUAUUGUGUGGAGCGGAAAAGACACUUACAUAAAGUAUGAAUCAGGACAUUUGGGGAGCUACGUCAAUGGAAAAUUAUUAUGGUUUGGAGAUCGAGAUAUCACCUCACUCAAAACGUCAACGGAAAAUGACAAGGAUGAAAGGAAGGAAUUGGAAACACAACGAACUACGGGAGAGACGGAAUCAGACGAUCAAGAACCAGUUUCAACAGAGGACUUAUACAAAGCUUAUGGUCACGUGAACACCAUCGUGUUUUUCAUUGGCUAUCCACGCAGUCGUCACAGUCUUCUAGGUUCGCUACUGGAUGCUCAUCCGCACAUGGUUGUAUCUGACGAAAAAAUGGCUUUCACCAUAUGGAAACGUAGAUCGGACUCAUUCAUCAAAAGUUCAAUAUACAAGUUUUACGAUAUUAUGUUCAAAGCUUCAGAGAGAUCAGCUGCCCAAGGAAAGCGGUCUAGAGCCUUCGAAGGUAAUGUCACGAACAAGAGUUCAAGAUAUGGAUAUCUUGUACCAAACCAGUGGCAAGGAAGGUUUGAUCAAUACAUUGAGGUGAUUGGAGACAAAGCAGGUGCAUCUACAGCUCAAGCAAUGCUUAAAGACGAUGCUAUUGAUGCUGUACACCUUUUAGAGAAAGCUGCGGCUGCAAAGGUCAAGUUCAUUCAUGUUGUCAGAAACCCAUUUGACAAUAUUGCAACCAUGGUUAUACAGCAUAAAACAGUCAAAGGACGUGAUGGCGAACACCACAAGCAGAUUGACGCUCCUGAAAUACUUGAAGACAAAAUAGACUCUUAUUUCAAAUGGGCCAAAGGAAGUAACAUAGCUAGAGAGGCUCUUCCAGGAAGCGUUCUUGAUAUUCCAAGCAUCGACGUUGUUCUUCGCCCCGCAGAGGUCCUGAUAAAGAUCUGCAAGUUCCUAGAAAUUAUUUGCACAGAGAAAUAUCUACAUGACUGUGCAGACACUGUGGACUCAACUCCUUCAAUAACACGUAACUAUAUAAAGUGGACUGCCAAACAGAAGGAUACAGUGUACAGGGAAAUGAACAGAUUCUCUUUUCUACAAGGGUAUUCUUUUGAUAAGACAGUUUAGUAGACAAGAAAAGGAAUGAAAGAAAAAACUGCAGAAGAAUAUUCAUUAGUUAAAUUUAUGUCUCGUUUAUUCAGAAAGUUAAGAAAAGUAAUGAAGAGGAUUUAAGAAAUCGCGACACUUCAACGAGGUUCAUCUUACAUUUAAGAAGUAAACUUAUGUUCAAACGCCAUCUUGAAAUUGAAACUUUAGACCAAGAUGGCAUACUUUUCCAGAUAGGCGAGAAUGAAAAACAAUCAGAACGCAAAACAAUUGUUAAAUUCUAGGCGGAGAAUUAAAAAAAUGUACAAUACUAAUGCUCGCUCUUUAACCAAAACGGUUCCAAAACGGUUCCAAAACGGUUUUCUUUGGGGAUGGCGCGUACUAACUAGUUUAUGCAAUUCAGUGACUCCUCACUUUAGCAUCGAUCCAUUUGCUUGAUUAGUUUGACGGGUUGCUUUAUGAAAUAAAAGGCAGUCUAUGACUGCAUGUGCCUACUGAACACUGAGUUUGUACAGUGGUCAAUUGACAGGCUGGGGUUAGGGCAGAAAAUUGAUAGAAUAGGUACAUUUAUCAAUGUGCACACGAAUAAAUA